AUGUCGUUUGAGAGCAGACCUCUCCUCAUCACCGCUGCCAGAUCCCCGACAGGACGUGUUAAUUACAUCGAGAACUUUCUGAAAACCCUCCAGAUACCUCGUCAGCUAGCUUUGUGUCGAACGGUAGCUGUGUGGGGGAUACGAAGGAGAACAGUGUACAGGGCGUUGGAGCGCAUCGGGCUUUCUUCGCAAUAUGGGGUUACGACCGAGAAAAGGCCACGGACACUUGAGCAAAACGUCCACAGUAUUCCCCAAGGACCACAUGGUAGAGAUCCUGUGAUGGUACCGCUCGAACAGCAACUUCCCAAGGCUUCCCACCAAACCCUGCGCGGUUGA